AUGAUAUUCAGGUUCUCCAAGAGACUCCAGGCUUGUGGUUGUCAUCCCGGAGAAAGACUGCCCUCACAUGGUGACCUGUCAGUCACUGUCGAGGAUGUCAAGGUAUCACCUUCGUUGACAGCAAGGAACCUGGGCGUAAUCCUCAACGAUGGACUGUCCUGCGCCUCCAACAUCACUGCUGUGGCCCGAUCCUGCAGGUUUGCCCUCUACAACAUCCGCAGGAUCCGGUCUUUCCUCACAAAAGACGCAACGCAACUCCUGGUCCAACUGCUGGUCAUCUCCCGCUUGGACUACUGCAACUCCCUCUUGGCCUCUGUGACUAAACCGUUGCAGCGUAUCCAGAACGCUGCAGUGCGCCUCGUUUACAAUCUUCCCAAAUUCUCCCAUGUUAUCCCCCUCCUCCGUGACCUCCACUGGCUUCCUGUUGGGGCCYGCAUCYGAUUCAAGACGAUGGUGCUGGCCUUCAAGGCCGUCAAUGGAACUGCACCCGUCUACCUCCAAACACUGGUCAGAACACAUGCCCCAGCGAGAGCACUUYGCUCAUCUACAUCAGCUGGCCGACUGGUACCCCCAUCGCUGAGAGCAAACAAAGCCCGCUCAGCGAAGUCGCUACUCCUCUCUGUUUUGGCACCUCAGUGGUGGAACGAACUCCCGACCAAUGUCAGGACAGCGGAAUUGCUCUCCAUCUUCCGCAAAAGACUCAAGACUCAUUUGUUCAGACUUUACCUCGACCCUGCAUAG